AUGACUCUCAUCACCGCCGAGCCCGUCGUAGCGCCCAUCAUCGAGGUCCCCGCCGUCGAGACCCUUUCUAUCGAGACCCCAACCUAUACUGCCUUCGCCACCGGACCUGGAGGUCAAUCUUUCGUCCAAAAGCAAUUGGAACUCCCUAAGCUCGGUCAAUUCGAUGUCGCCGUGGCGAUCAUCUGCUGUGGUGUCUGCUAUACUGAUACCAUGUACGCAGCCAUGGCCGAGGGAAUGGUUGUCGGUCACGAGAUCAUCGGCCGCGUCGAGUUCAAAGGUGAGGCCGUCACCAAUGUCGACAUCGGCGACACCAUCGGUUUCGGUUACAUCCGCUCCACCUGCCUGGAAUGCCAGUUCUGCCUCUCCGGUCAAGAAAACAUGUGCCCCAAACGCACCACCUUCACCGACGGUGUUGGCGGUCUUGCCAAUGCCUCCGUCUGGGACUCGCGAUUCGUCUACAAGAUCCCCAGCAGCAUCGAGCCUCGACAUGCAGGACCUCUGACCUGUGCCGGAGCCUCGGUCUUUGGCGCCCUCUAUGGAUACAAUGUUAGCCCCACCGCCACCGUCGGUGUUGUCGGUGUCGGUGGACUUGGUCAUUUGGCAAUCAAGUUUGCGAAAGCCUGGGGUUGCAAAGGUAUUGAAUAUGUUCUUUUCUUAUUCUGCGCUUCUAAAUUUGUCCUGCGGGAUGACAAAAAAAGAGAUGGCGGUAUUGUGGCCGGGAGAGAUGAGCGAAUGCCACUCACUGUUUCAUUAGUGAUGGAAGGAGAAGGCAGGCUUUCGCGUGGAUAA